CAAACGAGGAACCGCGUCCUCAGGCGGGCUACAUACCUAUUGAACCAUUGCAGACGAACCUAACAUACCCGAUGUCGGCAAAAACCACCUCUCGUCCUGCCCCGGGUGGUCUAGGACGAGGUCUCUUCGCCUCGACAGAUAUUGCCGUCGGUGAAAAUGUCCUUGAUAUCCCAAUCCCAUUUGUGGCGGUGCUAGAUACCCAACGUCUCGAAGACACUUGUUCCGGAUGCUUUGGCCAGAGACAGCUAGAAAAUGAAGAAAUCACCCUCAAAGCCUGCACCGGAUGUCAGGUCGUGAAAUACUGUGAUAAGACAUGUCAAGCAAAAGACUGGAAAUUUUCCCAUGCCCUCGAGUGUUCGAUUUUCCAGCAACUAAAGCCCCGCGUGCUACCCAUCAACGCACGAGCGGUGCUCCGCAUGGUCUUACGCAGCGGCCGUCGCAAGUACUCCGACGAGGAGCUGGACCAAUUCCUCCAGCUCGAAACCCACAUCAAAGACAUCCGCGACCAUAACGCCCCUCAAUGGGAGCGCAUCUCCCUCUCCUCCAAAGCAGUCAAGACCUACUCCGGCACCGACAUGAGCGAGGAAGUCAUCUCCGCCUUUGGAGCCAAGCUCGAACUCAACUCCUUCAAUCUCACCAACGCCCUCUACGACCGCAUCGGCGUCUACCUCCACCCCUACGCAGCCAUAAUCAACCACAGCUGCAACUACAACUCCGUCGUCAACUUCGACGGCCCCAACCUCCAAAUCAAAGCCCUCCAUCCCAUCCCCAAAGACUCCCAAAUCUUCAUCUCCUACAUCGACACCACAAACCUCUACUCACGUCGCCAAUCCGACCUCCAAGACCGCUACUACUUCACAUGUCACUGCUCCAAAUGCUCAAAAGAAGCCACCACCGCCGCCACCACCACCCUCCUCACCCCCAUCCAACAAAAAGCCUACACCCUCUUAUCCUCCAUCCCAGACCUCCCCGCUACCGAAGCCACCCAAUCCCUCCUCUCCACGAUAACCCUCCUCCAAACCUCAGGCGAGAAAUCAACAACCCAACCAUCUAUCUCCCUCCGUGACGAACUCAUCGCGACUCUCAUCUCAGGAGGGAAAUUCAAGUCCGCGUUCGCGCACGCAGCGCUACGCUAUCUCCGCGUCGAUCCGGUGGUUUAUCCCUCCCAGGCGCAUCCUAUUCGGCAGGUGCAUGCGUGGGCGUUGGCUAAGUUGGCGAUUCAUUUGUCGCAGGGUGUUAAGCAGAUGGUUGUUAUUGAUGAGGGCGUGGAGGAGAUUGCGUUGGAGCAAUACGAGGUGAAUUUUAGUCUGAUCAUUUGGUCUGUUUUGGGGAUGUUGGUGGGUGCGGAGGAUAAGGCGGGCACGGGACCCGGGUUUAAGAGGUUGGUUAGGAGGGCGUUUGAGGAGGUUAAUGGGGAGUUUUUAGCGGGGGGGUUGGAUCCGAGGCGAAUGGGGGAGGGGAUUAAGGGUGAGUGGGGGAAGGUGGAUAGGUUGGUGGAUGGGGUUCUCAAUGGAAAAUAA